AUGAGAAUUAAUAACUAUCAGUAUAGCUAUCAAAAUCCAGAUUUAACUAGACCACUAAACAAUAUUAAUCAAGACAGUAAAAGACCAUUUAAUCAGUUUCAUAAUAAUAAUCAAUUUUAUGACAAUCAAAUACAACAACCCCAAGAAUAUAAUGAUAUGAUUCAAUUUUCUAAAAACAAUACACCUUCUAAAAAUGAAAAACCAUCUUCAUCAUUUUGUAGUAUUUGGUUUAGUACAAAAACAAGAUUAUUUUUAAUUCUUGUUUUAAUAAUACCAGUUUUUAUUUUUUCAAUAUAUGUUGAUAAGAUAGAGGAAAAAAUCGCUUAUUUAAAUUUUUUUUGUAGGUACAAUAUUUUUAUCAUUAGUUGGUUUCAUAAUACUUUCUAUUUUGAUUCUAACUAUUAG